CGGAGAAAGUGUAAAAUUGGGUUUUGGAUGUUUGAUAAAUUUUGCAAGUCAUUAUUUUAUAAUAUCCUGGAUAAAAGAUGUCGGCAAUAGACCUUUUGAGGCAACAUUUGUCGAAAAUCAAAGCUCCUUUGGGAGGAGAAAAAGUGUACAAAGACGAAUGUGUUUACUCAUUUGAUAAUCCAGAAAGUCAAGAUGGCCUAUAUGUUUGUAUGAAAACCUUUCUGGGUUUUGGCAGGAAGCAUGUACAUCAGCAUUUUGAAAAGACAGGGAAUGCAGUGUUCCUGAGAAUAAAGAGAAUCAGGAAAGAGAUUCCUGCAGAGGAUUUGCCACCACCUGCAGAGAAACCAACCAAACUUGCAAUAGGGGUUGAAGGAGGAUUUCAGGUUGACGAGAAGAAGUUUAAGUUUGAGGAGCAGACGUCUGUAGUCGUCUUACCGGACUUUGUUGAGGUUCCACUUCCCAACCAGGAUAUACCCGAUAUAGUACAACUGUCGGUGCAGAGUAUUUUAGCCGCGGAAGAUGCAUGGAAAUUGGAAGAAGCCGCAGCAAUGGCAGGAACGUGGGAAGGCGAAAAGAGACAGAAGUCCAAACACGCAGACAAUCUUCUCCAGCUGGAGAACCGUCCCAAGAUCCCACCGAGUGGCUGGAAGUGUGAGCAGUGUGAGCUAACCUCCAACCUCUGGCUCAACCUCACUGAUGGCACCAUCCUGUGUGGACGACGCUUCUUCGACGGCAGCGGUGGCAACAACCACGCGGUGGAGCACUUCAACCAUGCGAAACACCCACUGGCCGUAAAGCUGGGGACGAUCACUGGCGAUUCAGCAGAUGUCUAUUCCUAUGAUGAAGAUGAAAUGGUAGAAGAUCCACUCCUAGCAAAACAUUUAGCACACUUUGGAAUCAAUCUGGCGGCGCUGGAAAAGACGGAGAAGACGAUGGUGGAACUGGAGAUAGAUUUGAACCAGAAGAUCGGAGAGUGGGAUGUCAUACAGGAGGCCGGCAGUAAACUGAAGCCGCUCUACGGCCCGGGAUACACUGGCAUGCGUAACCUUGGCAACAGCUGUUACAUGAACUCGGUGAUGCAGGUGCUGUUCACGAUUCCAGACUUCCAGAAGAAAUAUUUUGACAGAAAAGAAGCCAUUUUUCACAAUGCUCCAGCUAAUUGUGUACAGGAUUUCAAUGUACAGAUGGCUAAAUUAGGACAUGGUUUGUUGUCGGGCGAAUACUCUCAGUCACCGAUGGAGACCGACAAAGUGAUUCAACCUCCGUCUGGAAUACGACCUCAGAUGUUCAAGACGCUGAUCGGGAAGGGUCAUCCCGAGUUUUCAACGAAACGACAACAAGAUUCACAAGAGUUCUUUCUGCAUCUCAUCAAUCUGACGGAGAGAAACAGUAAAGGGAGCGAGAACCCGGGUGAGUGUUUCCGCUUCCAGAUUGAAGAGCGCUUGCAGUGCGCAGGUUCCGGUAAAGUGAGAUACACGAGCCGGCCGGACUUCUGUCUGUCACUGCCGGUGCCGGUAGACAAGGCAGAUAACUUAGAGGCAGUGGCUGCUUAUGAAGCAAAGAAGAAACAAUUAGAAAACAACAAAGAAACAAUAGAUCCUAAAGAAAUUGUUCGUCCUAGGAUUUCACUACAAUCGUGCAUAGAUGCCUUCAUGGAAGUCGUCAGUGUCGAUGACUUCUACAGCUCAGCCCUCAAGUCAAAAACACAAGCCAAGCAAACAACAAGAUUAUCCACAUUUCCAGAUUUCCUCAUGGUGCAGCUAAAGAAAUUCACCGUCGGCUAUGACUGGGUCCCGAAAAAGCUAGAUGUUUCCAUUGAUGCCCCACUGGAGCUGGAUAUAUCACGGUUGCGGGGUAGUGGAAUUCAGCCCGGUGAAGAACAACUACCUCAGGACCAGCCAGCCCAGCAGGAACAGCCAGCGAUACAGAUAGACGAGUCCACUGUCAAACAGCUGGUAGACAUGGGGUUUGCCCGGAAUGGCUGUUGUCGAGCCGUGUUCCACACCAAGAACUCUGGAGCCGAGGUCGCUCUCAACUGGAUCAUGGAGCACAUGGGAGAUCCAGAUUUUUCCGAUCCAUUCGUGUUGCCGUCUGGCACCAAGUCGGGUGAAGCCAAUUUCCAACCUAACGAGGAAGCACUGUUAAACAUCAUGUCUAUGGGAUUCAACAAGGACCAGGCUACCAAGGCCCUCAAGUCUACGAAUAACAAUGUGGAGAGAGCUGUUGAUUGGAUCUUCAGCCAUGCUGAUGAGCUGGAACAGCCAAUGGAAACUGAGGAGCAGUCCACCGAGACAGGGAGACAGGCAUAUCGAGACGGAUCGGGAAAAUACAAGCUAGUUGCCUUCAUCAGCCACAUGGGAACAUCGACAAACGUUGGCCAUUACGUGUGUCACAUUCUGAAAGACGGCAAGUGGGUGAUCUUCAACGAUGAGAAGGUUGCACUCUCAGAACACCCUCCCAGAGACCUAGCCUACCUGUAUCUGUACCAGAGAGUCUGAUCUUCUUAACAGUGCUCAUUCGAUCGCCAUUGCUGUUAAAAGCGUUAAAAAGAGUUCCAUGCAUGUUAUGAAACUACAAGACAAAUGACUUUAAAUGGGUGAUGAAUAUGUACAAGGGAGCAGAAAUCUUAGGGUGACAGCAUUACAUGCCCAUUGUAAAUGCAUUACAAAAGUCGACAAUAGGUUAGGAAUGAACUGUGAAGUACAAAUAUUGGAUAGGCAAUGAAAUACAAAUACAUGACAUUUUUUUCCUGUUAAUCUUUCUUAAGCAAGUUAAUAUGUGCAUUUUGUAAAACAAAGGACAAUGAUCUAAGGUUAUGUAAUGUACGUGGGAGGAUCAGGUCAGGUCAUAGGGCUUUAUGUGCACAUUCAGUGCAAGUUGUUGUCGUGCACAUCUGUCAUGGGCACAUCUGUCAUGGGCACAUCUGUCAUGGGCACAUCUGUCAACUUACACCGGCUCUUACGUCCAUGACAGGAAAUGUCAAUGGAAGGAUAAACACCAGCCCUUGCAAUUCACAUCAUCUUGCGACGCAAAUAUUUUUACAAAUAAUAACAAAGUAAAUAUCCAUCAAUGGAAAAAUGCCAUUUUUUGGCAGCACCAACUCCUACAAUUGCCAUGGCAAUCGGCAAUGCCGUGGAGUUUGAUAAUUCUCAACAGCACUUUUUUUGACGUGGACUACAUUCAGGAUUUUUUCAAUGGCAUGGGGUUUUUUUUUUUGCCGUGGACAUUUUCUUAAUUGCAGGGCUUACAGCACUGCUGAUUGCUGUCAUGAAGUUGAAAUACUGCACUACUGGGUUGAUAGUGACAUGCCUGUUCAAGUGUUUUAAAACAUAAGACAAACGUCUAUGAUCUGUAAUUAAUGUACACGGAAUACACAUACUGUGUUAAUAGUUACUUGCAUGUUGUAAAGCACAGGGCAGACAUCUAUAAUUUGUUAUUAAUUUACAAAGGAUAACGAUACUGGGUUCACAGAGUUACUUGCAUGUUGUAAAACACAGGACAAAUGUUGAUGAUUUGUCACAAAUGUGCAAGGGAGCAAAAUUACUGGGUUCAGAGUUAAGUGCCCUUUGUAAAUGAAAAACAACGGGACUAACGCCUUAUAAUGGGUGAUGAAUAUAAACGGGGACGGAAACAUUGAGUUGACACAGUUGCAUGGCUAUUUAAAAACAUUCAUGACAAACAUGAUUGAAUAUUAUGUUAAUAUGGAGAAGAAAUACUGGGCGUUUGCAAUCAAAUUUGGGCUGAAUUUACAAAACCUGUUUUUAACUUGCAUGCAUGUAACUACUUAUAUUUAUAAUGCUUAAACACCUGUGCUUCACCAAAAAACAGACUUUCUGAAUUCGGCCCAUAAUGUUUUGAGGUGCGUUUUUUGUUGUUAAUUUGUCUUGACUGUUAUUUGCUUGUUCUUGUCAUGAAAUGUGAAGUUCUUUAUCGGACAGUGUAAUGUAAAUUCUUGAUGUUCUGAAUCUGGUCGACAGUAAAAUCUUAAUACAUGAUGCAGCCCUUGGAAUCUGCAUCAAGAUUCA